AUGGAUGCCCCUUCCUUGCAUCACAAGACCAUUGAGAAGGGCGCAAAAGGUUCCGGCUGGUCCAGGCCACCGCCGACCUCACCAAAAGGGCAUCCCAAGAAGAAGGCACGCCGGGAGGGGGCUCCACCGCGGACGCGCGAUUGGCCCCGGGAUGGUGGUGAACCAUCAUUUUCACGUCUGCCGCCAAUAUCACGACCACCACCACCACCACCCCCCGUGGUUGAGUACUCCAAGGGUGAAGAAGAAGAAGAAGAAGAAGAAGAACAGCCGCGAGACUCCAAGCCCCUCCAGCUGGGCGGCUAUGCGGUCAAGAAGGGACCGUCGGCAUCUCCUGAGCUCAAGAUCCGGGGGAGAUCCGUGACGGUGUGGGACAGGAUUGACAGGGACUUCGCCUUGGCGGGGAACCGGAUCUUCGCGCACAUCGAUGAUCUCCAGUGCUUCGCUCGCGACAGCAGCUACCCGGGUGACCAUCCCAUUCCCCUGGCCACCAGCAGGGUCAGAACGCAGAUGCACGAGCUCGUCAGCGUGUACCGCGGCAUGACCGUGGAAGUGGAUGAUGUGCUAUACGCGCUGCAACAGGCCACGGCUCGUGAGUACGGGCUGAGGAGGGAGCUUGAAGAAGCGCGGGCGGCGAACAUCAAGCUUACGUGCGUCAAGGAGGAGCUCAAUGAGCAAGCCAGUGGCCUGAAAAGCGUGGCCGAGGCAACGGAGGCACGGUUUUGUCAGCUCAAGCGCCAGUUUGAGGACCUGGAAGCCCGGCAUGAAAAGCUGGAGACCAAAAGCCGCGAGCUGCAGCAGGAAUGUGAGAAAGCCACGGCGGAGAAGCUCGAGUUGAAGGACUCCCUCCGGACCAAAGAUGAGGAGAUGCAAGUGGCGCAGGCCGAGCACCGCAGGCUGCGGAGCCUCCUCGAGCAGAGAGGCGCGGAAUUUGAGGGGUUGAAGUCGGGUGUCGGCAUCCUGAGGGGCUCGUUUCUGGAACGUGGGGAAGAGAUCGGAAAGCAGAAGGCCGAAAACAGCAGACUGCAAAGCCUGGUCAGGGAGAGGGACGCUGAAGUCGAGGGAUUGAAGUCACAUAUCAGCGGUCUGGAACGCUCGGUUUUGGAACGAGACGCAGAGAUCGGGAAGCAGAAGGCGGAGAACAUGAGACUGGAGAAUCUCGUGCGCGCGAAGGAAUCACAACUAGCCUUGCUGCCGACAUUACCAAUUACGCCUCAGUCGCCGAUGGUGCCAGCCUUGUCAGCUCCGUCAACCGUGCUAAUCGAUCAGGCAUCAUCACAGCAUGUCUUCCCUACUACUCCGGACUCCCUACCUGCAUUCAUCAAGCCGGAACCCCCCGAUCCAACAUCAACAUCACCUCCGCCGAACAUGCCUCAGGAGAGUACCCCAAUCCAGCAAAUCCAGCAAAUCCAGGACCCGGUGCAGCAGCUUCAUAUGCUCAGUACAGGGAUAACGAACCUCCUUAGCAGAAUGUUCCACAUCGAUUACGAGGUUACCUGCAACGACGUCCUUAUCGGUUUCCUAUCGAGACUUGGAGGUACCCCUGCAGGAUUCUCCAUCAACAUCACCCAAGCAGCCGGGUUCUGGGAGCUCAAGGACUCCUGGGAACCGUGCGCUAUCACGCCCCGGGUACUGCCCUCCAGCCUCGAAGAGCAUUUUAUCCUCCUCUCUCUCCUGUUCCCCUUCCCUGGAGACCAACCCUCACUCAUGCAGCACGAGUCAGCCUCCACCUUCAGCCUCCUCGCCUCCCUGCUCAGUUCGCUCAUCAAAGCGGACUACUCGGCCUCGCCGCGCGCAGGCCUGACCUUCCUGCAGGCCAUGUCCGCCUACCAUCCGCAACACUCCACAGCAGCAGCACAAGAACCGCUCCCCACCCGCACAGCCCUCCUCGCCAUCGUGUUCUGCGAGCUCUGUCGCGCACUGGAACAUACCUACUGGCCGAACGGGCCAUGUCCCAAGCGGAACUGGAAUAUCGGCAGUAUUUUGGGUGUUGAAGCCCAGGAUGCUGCGGAGAAGCUGCCUAUUGGCUGGCUCGCGGCUGCGUUGCGGGAUACGAAUAUCACUGGUACUAGUGGUAGUAGUAGUGGUGGUGGUGUUAACAACAGGGUGGAGAUGGUGAAGGAGCGGUUGAAGGCGGGUGGUCCGGGAGGCGGUGUGGAUCGGUUCUGCGUUUUCUCCAUGCCCGUGCCGUCUACCGCUUCCGGUGAGCCUACCUCUGCUCUGACACAACAACAACAUCUUCAUCUUCAUCAGUCCCAUCGACUGGAUGUGAAUGACCCAGCUCCCACUCUAGAAGGGACAACAAGAACGGGACGACGAGAAAACAGCAGCGGUAAAGACAUGGGGCUGCUCCACUGCGGCGACAGCAGCUGCUCCUUCCUGGUGCUGGACUUUGGCGAGCGCAGUCUGCGGCUGGUCGACUGUCGGCUCGCGUGGAUGAGGCCGAACGAGGCGGAGCCGCGGAAGUUGGAUCUCGUGGUCUCGCGGUCUGUUGCCGUGGCGGCGGCCGCCGCUGGGGAGCAGCAGCAGGCCGGCGAGGAGCUGAUGAUGCGGAUCGAGGCCGCGCCGAGGGGUGUGGCGGCGUCUUGGUUGAAGUACGCGCUAGAGGAUGUGUGAUACUAGUAGGUGAGAUAAAUGUGAGGGGCGGGGAGUAUCUUUUCUAGUAUCUGUGGUGUGGUAAGGUAAUGAUGAUGGUUGGCGAUGAUGAUGUGAAUUGGCCGGGUGGAGGAGGCUGUUUGUUUCGUGCCGUAUAGUGUUAUGGAUAUAUUUAGGAUUGGUUCUGGUAUUUGACCUACCUGUAAUAGUCGUGCUGAUCAUCGUUAUCACCAGUCUGCUUGGAUUGCCCAGUUUCAUGUGUUUCCAAGUUCCAAAGCUUGCCCUCAAGUUUGUGGGCAACUGCCGGUGUAAUUCCUCCCCGUUUGCCUCUCACGCUCUUCAUACUGCAGAAAUCUCCCC